AUGGAUACCUACGGGGUCGGCUGUGUUGCCCUGGGGGAGGCCGGCCCCGUGGGGAACAUGACUAUGGUAGACUCUCCUGGACCAGAAGUGCUAGACCAGCUUGAUGUCAAGGCCUCAUCAGAAAUGACCAGUGCAGAGGCUUCCAUAGAGAUGUCACCUUUGCCUGGAUUUGAGGAUUCUCCUGAUAAGAGGAGGCUUCCUCUAGAGCAGGAAAGCUUCUCCAGACUGGAACAGCAAGAUCUUUCAUCAGAGAUGUCAAAGGGCUCAAAGCCUAGGGCCUCAAAGCCUGGCCGGAAGAGAGGUGGUAGGACACGAAAAGGCCCCAAAAGGCCCCAACAACCUAAUCCUCCAUCAGCCCCAUUGGUUCCUGAUCUCUUAGAUCAGUCCAACCCUCUGUCUACCCCCAUGCCUAAGAAACGGGGUCGAAAGUCCAAGGCAGAGCUGCUACUGCUGAAGUUGUCCAAAGGCCUAGAUCAGCCAGAGUCUCCACCUCCAAAGAGGCCCCCUGAGGACUUUGAGACCCCUCCUGGGGAGCGACCCCGCCGAAGGGCUGCCCAAGUGGCACUUCUGUAUCUUCAAGAACUGGCAGAAGAGUUUUCAACAACGCUGCCUGCUCCAGUGACCUGUCCUGAGAACCCCAAGUUGAGCAGCCCUACCAAAUUGCAAGAAAGCCAGCUGGAGGCUGACCCUCAUGAUAGGGAAGGAGAGGCUGAUACUGCACAAGAUGAAGACUUUGUUCUCCAGGUUGCGGCUGAAGAUGAGGAAGAAAAUGAGAUCCCGAGUGAGAACUCAUCGGACCCCGAGCCUGCAGUGCCCCGAAGUACACCCCGAGGAUCCACUUCAGGGAAGCAGAAACCACACUGCCGAGGAAUGGCCCCCAAUGGCUUACCAAAUCACAUCAUGGCUCCUGUUUGGAAGUGCUUCCAUCUUACCAAGGACCUCCGCGAACAGAAGCAUUCAUACUGGGAGUUUGCGGAAUGGAUCCCUUUGGCCUGGAAGUGGCACUUGUUAUCUGAAGUUGAGGCUGCUCCCUACCUGCCCCAGGAGGAGAAGUCUCCGCUUUUUUCAGUACAACGUGAAGGACUUCCUGAGGAUGGCACACUCUACCGAAUAAAUAGAUUUAGCUCUCUCACAGCACACCCAGAGCGCUGGGACAUGUCCUUCUUCACAGGCGGGCCAGUCUGGGCUCUGGAGUGGUGCCCUGUGCCAGAAGGGGCAGCAACCUCGCAGUAUGUGGCACUGUUCUCCAGCCCUGAUAUGAAUGAGACACACUCACUCAGCCAACUUUAUUCGGGUCCUGGGCUGCUCCAGCUCUGGGGUCUUGGAACCUUGCAGCAAGAAAGCUGUCCUGACAACAGAGCCCACUUUGUCUAUGGGAUUGCUUGUGAUAAUGGCUGCAUCUGGGACCUCAAGUUCUGCCCAAGUGGAGCAUGGGAGCUUCCAACCACCCCUCGGAAGGCUCCUCUCCUGCCCCGACUGGGUCUCUUGGCUAUUGCCUGCUCAGAUGGGAAGGUUCUGCUGUUCAGUCUGCCUCAUCCCGAGGCUCUGCUGGCUCAGCAAUCGCCAGAUGUGAUGAAGUCAGCCAUCUUUAAGGUAGAAUGCGUGGCAACCCUUCAGGUGGGGUCUGUGCAAUUUCCAGAUUCCUCUGAGUGCGGCCAGUGCCUUAGCCUGGCCUGGAUGCCCACCCGGCCCCACCACCAUCUGGCUGCUGGAUACUAUAAUGGCAUGGUGGUUUUCUGGAACCUUCCCACUAACUCACCCCUGCAGCAGAUACGGCUGUCUGAUGGUUCCUUGAAGCUCUACCCCUUCCAAUGUUUCCUAGCCCAUGACCAGGCUGUGCGUAAUCUUCAAUGGUGCAAAGCUAACAGUCAUUUUCUAGUCUCUGCUGGAUGUGAUCGGAAAAUCAAAUUCUGGGACCUUCGAAGACCUUAUGAGCCAAUAAAUUGCAUCAAGCGCUUCCUGAGUACAGAACUGGUCUGGCUGCUCCCCUACAAUGGUGUCACUGUGGCACAGGACAACUGUUAUGCCUCUUAUGGACUCUGUGGAAUUCAUUAUAUUGAUGCUGGUUACCUUGGUUUCAAAGCUUACUUUACUGCUCCCCGAAAAGGCACAGUCUGGAGUCUUUCAGGAUCAGACUGGCUUGGGGCAGUAGCGGCAGGAGAUAUAUCUGGGGAGCUCAUUGCAGCUGUAAUGCCCGAUUUGGCACUGAACCCAAUAAAUGUCAAGCGGCCUAUAGAGCGAAGAUUCCCUGUAUAUAAAGCGGAUCUGAUUGCGUAUCAGGACAGCCCUGAAGAUCAAGACCGCUAUUCUGCUACAUCUGAGGCCCCCAACCCUCCCAAGGCUCGAACUUAUGCUGAAACUGUGAGCCAUCACUACUUGCUCUUUCAAGACACCGAUUUGGGUUCGUUUCACAAUCUGCUUCGUAGGGAACCAAUGCUACGCAUGCAGGAGAGAGAGGGGCAGUCUCAGCUCUGCCUGGACAGGCUGCAGCUGGAGGCUAUUCAUAAGGUACGUUUCAGCCCAAACCUGGACUCCUAUGGAUGGCUGAUAUCUGGGGGGCAGUCAGGGCUGGUUCGGAUCCAUUUUGUCCGUGGACUCACCUCUCCAUUGGGCCACCGUAUGCAGCUUGAAAGCCAAGCACAGUUCAAUGCUAUGUUCUAACUAUCUUACCCCACCGAUGGGCUUGGCUUUCCUCCAACUAGCCAUUGCCUUCUGCCCAGUCCCUAG